AUGUCAACUAAGAUGGUCGUGUUGAAAAACUCGAAUGGUGAAUCGUUUGAAGCCGAAGAAGCCAUCGUACUUCAAACGCAGACGAUAGCGCGUUUGGUUGAAGACGAUUGCGCCAAUAAAGGAAUCCCGCUUGAAAACGUCAGAAGCCAUAUCCUGGAAAAAAUGAUCGAAUACCGCGAGAAAGAGUUCCAGGAUCUCAUCAAGAAGUGGGACGCCGAGAUCGUGAAAGUCAAUGAUCAGUCCACGAUCUUCCAUCUCAUUCUGGCUGCCAAAAACCUAAACAUCAAAAGCCUGUUUGUUCCACUACUGGCCAAACGCUUGUUGAUAUGA